UGGCGCCGCCCAGACGCGGCCGGGCCCGCGGGCGCUGCCGCAGCUCGGCCGGGGCUCUCCCGGGCUGAGGAAGGUCCCGCCCGGCGGGGCGAGUGUCUCGGCAGCUCCACUGCCUCGCUGCCGGCCGACAUGGACCAGCGCCUGGCCGAGCUGGUGGAGGAGCUCACCACCUCCGGGGAGCCGCGGCUGGAGCCGGGCAGGAUGAAGGAGCUGAAGAAGAUCUGCAAGUCGUCGGAGGAGCACAUCAGCCACGCCUUCCACCUGCUGGUGACGCGGCUGCAGGAGGAGCACGCCGAGAUGCGCUUCUCCGCCUUCCAGGUGGUGCAGGAGCUCUUCGCCAGGUCCCACCACUUCAGGACGCUGCUCAUCGCCAACUUCCAGGAGUUCCUGGAGCUCACGGUGGGCAUAGACCACGAGCAGCCCCUUCCCCCGCCCAAGGAGGUGGCGCAGAAGCUGAGGAAAGCGGCCAUCAGGGCGGUGCAGGACUGGCACGAGAAGUACGGGGAGGCUUACAAGCAGCUUUCCCUGGGAUACCACUUCCUAAAGCGGAAUAAGAAGGUGGAUUUUCAAGAUGUGCACGCCAGAACCGUGGCUGAAAGGAGGAGGGAGGAGGAGAGGCAAAAACGGCUGGAUAACGUUUACAAAGAAAAAGUCAAAAGAACUGAAAAAGAAAUGGAAGAAAUGUCCCAGGAGAUUGCUGAUACACUGACAGAGAUGGAAAACUGUUUCCAGCUUCUGAUGCCAGAUCCUUUCAACUUCGCUGUGAACGACACGGAACUGGAACCCAGCAAACAAAUGUCUGCAUCCCCGUCCUCCUCCCGGGGGGAAGCUGACCAGUCCUGUUUUGGGUACAUGGAUGAUGAGCAGCCAUGCUGCAGCAAGGACAUUCUCCCUGUUUCUCAGUGUGUCAGAACUGAUGGAAACAAAGAGUUGGAUGAGAAACAGGAGGAGCCUGAGCACAAAGAGUUGGAUGGAGGCACACGCUCGGAGGUUCAGUCCAGUGACCCUGCUCUUGAUGAUGAUGAUUACCAGACUUUUGUUAGGAACCACGGGCUUAUUUCACAUAAGUACACUCUAGACCUUGAAAUCUCCACAGAUAUAAAAGUGCAAGAGAAUGAAGAUAACACUGCCAUCAUAAACAGUGUCAUGGACGCUCACAAACUUCUCAGAAACAAAUUCUGGCCUUCUAUACAGUCCUGGAUUCAGUUACUCACCAGAGCAGGAAUCAAUGAUGAUCGGCUAAGAUGUGCCAUUGAACUCAAGAAUAAACUGGAGGCUGCUAUGAAGAAGUACAAGGAAAUGAACAUUUCCUUCAAAGCAAGAAAAAGAAAAGUGAUGAAAGCCUUGGAUGAUGAUGAUGAGGAGGACGAGGAGGAUGAAGAUGACUUUGUGGAGGUCCCCGAGAAGGAAGGUUAUGAGCCCCACAUUCCAGACCACCUGCGUAAGGAAUAUGGGCUGGAGCCUGAGGCACCUCCAAAAGCUCCAGUGGGGAAGACAUCAACGGGACCAGCUCCACCGAGCUCCCGAGCGCAGCUGAAAGGGAAUGAAGAUGAACUUGAUCCAACCUGUGCAGCUGCCACGCUGAAACUUAUUAGGGACAAACUGCCAAAGCUACCACCUCCUCACACCAGUGAAUCUGCAACUCCUGAGGCAGCAGCCUUGGAGGAUCCUGAUGGUAAGAGAAGAAAACUAGAGGAAGAAAGAGCUAAAGCUCCCCUCAUGCCUUUUGGAUUAGAUCUUCACUACUGGGGAGAGGAUCAGCCAAGUGCUGGGAAGAUUCUCAAAUUUACAUCUGAGCAUCGAUUUUGGGCACCCAGUGAAGUAGAGGAAGAGGUGGAAAAUAAAGAAAUAACGGAAAUGUUAAAAACUAGAUAUAUAACAUUCGCUGGCAAGUUUGAGCCGGUGAAACACAAGUGUCGGGCACCAAUGCCUGAUGGGAGUCUGUGUGAAAGGCAAGAUCGGAUUAAGUGCCCUUUCCAUGGAAAGAUAAUUCCUCGGGAUGACUCUGGGGUUCCUGUGAACGCAGAGGACAGAGCCAGAGAAGAAAAGAUGAGGUUUGAGAAGCAAGCAGCCCAGCCAGAGUGGAGAGAUCCAGAAUUCAUGAGGGAAGUUGAAGCUGCUACAGGACUGGAUCUUGGUUCCUCUAAAAAUAAUGGAAAAGGACAGAAGAAGCAAGGGAAGAAGAAAAAAUACCCAAAUCUGACAGACCUGAAGCAACAGGCGAACACUUCUCGGUCCCGGCUUGAGAAGAAAGUCUUCAAUAAAGGUGCCAUGAAACGGGUCGUGAAAGCCAUGAACCGGGUGGACCAAAGGAAGCACGAGAAGUUUGCCAACCAGUUUAAUUAUGCACUGAAUUAAAUUGUUGAUCAUCUUUGCUCUUGAGUGCAACUGCAAAAAAACCUUGAUCAAAGAUAUUUGUAUUUAUACUAAAAUACUGUGCAAGGCACAUUUUCACAGGGGUCGUUCUGAAAUUGUUUGCAAUUUUAACUUAUUUGAUAAUGAACAUUAAUUUUGGCCAAGAUGGGAUGGUAUGGAAUGGAAUGCAUUCAACAAGUUGAUAAUUAUUUGAACUGUACAUGAAAUAGAGAUGUUUUGUGACUUGUACAUUCUCUGGGUAAAAUUUUCAGAUUUUGGGGUUUGGUUUUUUUUCCUUCCUACGGGACUCCUGUAAUUUAUACUUCCUUUUGCCAGCAUAUGUGUUUAAUUUGCCUCCACUUUCAUGCCUCCAGGAAAAAAAAAAACAAAAUACUUAAAACCAGUUAGAUUUCUACCACAGAUGGCAAUGCACAGAGUGUUUGCUCAACCUGCUCUUCUAGAUUAUGUGCCACAGCAAGCAGCACAGUGGUUCCUGCAGUACCUCUAAAAACCUCUUGUGUACACACUGAAAAAAUCCAAAUGUCUUGCAGCUCAUUUCAAACUGAAAUCCAGGAGCUAAUUCAAACGUGGUGGCUGUGGCACAAAGGGAAGAGCUGAAGUGACAAGGUCAUCCUGGGCUGCUUCUUGUCUUCCCAGGGUCACGUCCCGGUAUCUUUCAGAACCACUCCUGGAAGGCAUGUUGUGAAAGUCUGUAGAAAUACGCAGAAUGUGCUCCAGUUUACCUGCUAUCAACAAAGCAUGAAGUGAAAGUGUGAAGUUUAAAAAGGCAGCGGGAUCCAGUGUGGAUUGUAGUUCUUGGCUGGGUCCUUAACCAGAACUGCCAAACUUGCUUUGCUGCCUCUAGUUGUGUCUUAAGGAGAACGAAUGAAACACUGACCAGCUGUGCUCUUGCAAGAUUUCACACAGCUUUGUGGGGGAAGGAAAUCCAGAGAACCAGAGGGACAAUGUUUGAAAAUCAAUUUCAAAGUGAACUGCAAGUUCUCAAUGAAAUACUGAAUACAAAAUGGAAUGGGUUCUGUAGCUCUGUCUUAGUCACUCACCUGUUGGAGGUGUUUCUUCAUGCAGAUUAUAAGAAUUAAAAAUGAGAAAAAUUUAACAACUCAAUGUAGUUUCUAGCCACCUCAGACAGAAGCUAAUUUACAGUUCUGCCAAAUACCUUCUGACUUGCACAGGUAUUGCUUAUAAAGCAAUUAAUGCUGAAUCUUGGUAGUUUAUCUUGCAAAAGCUCUGCAGUUUGGAAGACAUUUUGUUCUUUAGCACAGGUUGAUGUACUUCUGAACUACUGAAAAUAAUAAAAAGCCAGAAUUUCAAAUAUUAUUUACUGCACUGGAAAGCAAAGCCACUUCUGUUAUGAAUCUUGCUAAUGCAGCAGUGAAGACUUCAGGUGAAAAUGUAAGCAAGGACAAACCAAGUUCAUCAUCAAGUCAGUUGAAUCACCUUCUGAAUUGAUUUGAUUUCUUAUUAAGAAGAAAGUCACACAGGAAAAAAAAGACCACACAAAACCACCACCAACAAAAUCCCACACAUUUGAAUGUAAUCUUGGUCAUUGGAUGCUUGGAUCCCCAGACAGUCCAAAAGAAACUGUCACUUGGUGAUUAACAUUCCAAAGAGCCACAGGGGUCAUUGUGCCACUAUUCCAGAGAUUCUCAAGCCUGCACAGGCUGAAGGUGUUCAAUUAUAAAUUCUGUUUUCUCUGCUCCCUGCGACAAGAGUGGGGAAUUUGUAUUUUGUAGUGACACUUAACCCUUCUUUGCAGGUUCAGGCAACAAAUGUCAGCACUAGAAAGUUGCCAGCAAACAGUAGAUGCACUUUAACCCAUGGAGUUCCCAUUUUGGGCCUUUCAUAAAAAGCCCAGGGACUGAGAUUGGAAACAAGUGGUAGAAGUCUGAGAGGGGGAAAAAAAAAAGAAGUAAUGCUGCAUUAUGAGCAACCUGGCCAAGUGGAAGGUGUCCCUGCCCACGUCAUGGGGGUUGGAACGAGAUGAUCUUUAAAGUCCCUUCCAACCCAAAUCAUUCUGUGAUUUUGUGAUGCUACUCAGUCAUGUCAGUUCUAGAAUUGUGAGCUAAAACUUCCUCUCUGGAGUCAAUUGUCCAAUCUGCCAGUUAAACCUGUUCCUGUCAUGUCACUCUGUGCUUUCCACCUUUCCUUAUUAGAAGCACACAUGCCCAAAGGAAAGGUGUUUUCCUCGAGUGCCUCUUCCAUGCAGAAGGACAAUUUGCAGAAUUAAGGUUUCCUUGCAAGUGACUCAGACACAGGUACCUGGACUUUGGGCCAGGUUGAUGGCCAGCAAUGGCUUUUUUUAAAGCUUUUCUUUUCCUGCCUUUUUGUUUGUUUGUUUGUGUGUUGUUGUUGUUGUUGUUGUGAGAACUUCCCUUGUCAGGUAGGGAAUAUACUCAGUUGGAUACAAACUUUUUUCUCCCUCUUUCUGCCUUGAAGCAAGACAAACCACUGACCCUUCAUAGGAGAAUGUGUUGAUCACACAUCCCCUGUAGCACUGCCUUUUCCUUAGCCUGGCCUCUUACCAACAGGUAUCUUCCCCUGAUCUGGUGUUUGACAAACCCUUCCCCUCCUGUGUUAAUUAUUGCCUCUUUUAAUCCAGUUAUUUGUCUACAAGAGCAACUCAGCACACACAACAGGUCUUGAAUUUGUCACUUAAGCAUUCUCAUUUAAACUGGUCAGACACAAUUCACAGGGUUUGGGGGACCUUUCUCCUCUUCCUGGGUGUAGCUGGAGGGAAAAAAAAAGGCAUCAAUCUCCAAAGAUCCAGUUUACCUUCACUAAAUAGAAAUCCUUUUAAGUUCGAAACAGAGCAAUCUACUUUUUAGAUACAUGACACUUCUUGUGUGUCACUUUACUUAACAGCAGUUUACAGAUUUGAGGUCUCUGGGCUCUCUAGUUCUGCAAAUGUCUUAAUUGCUCAACUGAUUGUGCAGCAUUUCUGCUGGGACUUUCUAAUCCUGUGCUCAGGACUUCUGGGGAAAAAAAAAUAAAUGCAAGUUUCAUUCACAUAA